GGUGACUAUUAUCGGGUACACGUUUGGGAUCCCUGACGUCAUCAUGGGCAUCACUUUCCUGGCGGCGGGCACGAGCGUUCCAGACUGCAUGGCCAGCUUAAUCGUGGCGAGACAAGGCCUUGGCGACAUGGCGGUCUCUAACACCAUAGGGAGCAACGUGUUCGACAUCCUCGUGGGACUCGGCAUACCGUGGGGUCUGCAGACCAUGGUUAUCAAUUACGGAUCCACAGUGAAGAUCAACAGCCGGGGCCUGGUCUACUCCGUGGUGUUGUUGCUGGGCUCCGUGGCGCUCACCGUCCUGGGCAUCCAUCUCAACAAAUGGAGACUGGACUGGAAGCUGGGCGUCUACGUGCUGGUCCUCUACGCCAUCUUCCUGUGCUUCUCCAUCAUGAUCGAGUUUAACGUCUUCACCUUCGUCAACCUGCCGAUGUGCCGAGAAGACGACUAAAGCCGAGCUCUGCCCGCUGGGAGCUGUUCUGGACACCGGCCUAGCGUCCUCCCCUCGCUCCCUCCCCCCACGAGUCCCCUGCGCUGGCAGCCACCGGCUGUCUUUUCUUACACUGGAAGGAAGAGCCAUCAUGGUCUUUGGCCACGGGCCCGGCUGCUGGGCAUCCUCCUCUUCCUGGGAGUCAGUCCUGCCCUCCAGAAGGCGAGAUGCAGGGGCCGCUCUCUGAGCAUCUUCGCAGCCCUGAGCUGCAGUCACAGGAUGUGGCGCGUGUCCCAUCUCUCGCGGACACGUCGGUCAGAAGGACUUCUGGGUGCAGUUUGUCUUUCUGUUUCGCGGCAUCCUGAGAAAUGAGGUGGUCGGUGACCGUGAAGUCUCCUGGGGCAAGUGCAAAAUGGGAAUGUUGUCCUCAAGUGUCUCCUCUGGGCCAGAGGGGGGCGUUGCUUAGGCAGCUUUUGCUGCAAAGAGAGGAAGAGCUGGAGCAGGGGCCUCCCCCUGCCGGGGGUGCGGGGCUGUGAUGGCAGACACCCCACCCCUUUUUCUAGACCAAUUGGAAGAAUGGAAACCGUUUUUUCAGGUUUGUUUAUUGUUGUUUUUACAGCAGAGGCGAGAAAACAAGAAUGCAAUAUUCUUCUCCUUGUAUUGAUGCAUUCAGAGAAUGAGCAAUGGAAUAUUAAACAUGAAAUGUCCUACAGACCAUCAUACUUGAAAAAUGUCAUUCCAUACAAAAUGGGGACCAAAAAGGUAACACUCACGGAAAACGGGUCCUGUGUGCGUGGUGGUGCAUGGACGCUGACACGCUUGGUUUGGCGCUCGGGAAGGAGGGAGAGACUCACAUCGAAACGGGUGCUGAUUCAGACGCGGUGGAGCUCGUAGUUCACAGCCAUACAUUCCAGACCUUCCGUGGGACGCGACGCGCUGUCACUUUGGGUUUGUCAUUUCUUUGUUAAUGCCCGACUCUCAACACCAUCCUGUUGAAAGACCCAAUUGUUUGUAUGCCCAGCAAAUCUCAUAGCCCACUGAGCUGGAAGGAGUGUGCCAGCGCUCGGCUCACGACCAGAAGAGAGAGUUCCCGGAACCGGGACUGGGAGUGUUUGGAGCUAAAGUUUCUUGAACCUUACAGUUUGCUACCCGUGAACGGCCAAGGGCGGGAGGCUGAUUCAAAGAUAGAAAAAUAUUAAUUUCCGAUCGCUUCUGAGCUCUCAAAUAUAUAUUAAAAAGGUUUAUGAACACAAA